AUGGACAGACACCCUUAUCUUGGUGUCCCCCACAAUUCCCUCCACCAGGGGCCUGGACAGGUGAUGAAAAACGUGACUUCCAUCGGGAAGUCGUGUGGUCUCCAGAGUCGGAGCCGCCUCACAUCCCUUAACUGCACAACAGGGAGCCCAGCCCAACACCUGACUGAAGCCUUCAGUGGACAGGCACUUUCAGGGACAAAGGUCCGUGAGACCCAGUGGAUCUCAUGCCCCAGGUUGUCUUCACUCCAGCUUCCUGUCUCCAGCUCAGCAGCUGGGUUGGAACGUAAGCCCUGGCCACCCUCUGAGGCCAGGCCCACCUCCAGAACCCCCCUCAGCCUCCCAGGACCAGCCUGUCACUUACCUCCCUCAACAUGUCUACCUCUGCCUUCUUUAAGUCUUCGAGCAGGCGGCCGGCGCAGCCCGACUCAGCUGCUGGCCACCGAGGCAGCUCCCAGCAGCGCUGGCGAAAUGGCCGACACCCCCAGGGAUGCCGCACUCAAGCAGCCGCCCGCGCCGCGGAACGAGAAGGCCUCUGUGGACUUCGGCUACAUGGGGAUCGACUCCAUCCUGGAGCAGAUGCGCAGGAAGGCCAUGAAGCAGGGCUUCGAGUUCAACAUCAUGGUGGUGGGGCAGAGCGGUUUGGGAAAGUCUACCUUGAUCAACACCCUCUUCAAAUCCAAGAUCAGCCGGAAGUCAGUGCAGCCCACCUCGGAGGAGCGCAUCCCUAAGACCAUUGAGAUCAAGUCCAUCACACACGAUAUUGAGGAGAAGGGCGUCCGCAUGAAGCUGACGGGCAUCGACACGCCGGGCUUCGGGGACCACAUCAACAAUGAGAAUUGCUGGCAGCCCAUCAUGAAGUUCAUCAACGACCAAUACGAGAAGUACCUGCAAGAGGAGGUCAACAUCAACCGGAAGAAGCGCAUCCCGGACACCCGCGUCCACUGCUUCCUGUACUUCAUCCCCGCCACCGGCCACUCCCUCAGGCCCCUGGACAUCGAGUUCAUGAAGCGCCUGAGCAAAGUGGUCAACAUCGCCCCGGUCAUCGCCAAGGCCGACACGCUGACCCUGGAGGAGAGGGUCUACUUCAAACAGCGGAUCACUGCGGACCUGCUGUCCAAUGGCAUUGACGUGUACCCCCAGAAGGAGUCUGACGAGGACUCUGAGGACCGGCUGGUGAACGAGAAGUUCCGGGAGAUGAUUCCGUUUGCUGUGGUGGGCAGUGACCACGAGUACCAAGUGAAUGGGAAGAGGAUCCUUGGAAGGAAAACCAAGUGGGGCACCAUUGAAGUCGAGAACACCACUCACUGUGAGUUUGCUUACCUGCGGGACCUCCUUAUCAGGACACACAUGCAGAACAUCAAAGACAUCACCAGCACCAUCCACUUCGAGGCCUACCGCGUGAAGCGUCUGCAUGAGGGCAGCAGCACCGUGGCCAACAGCGUCGAGGAGAAGGCGCCCGAAGCCCAGGAGAUGUAG